CGUCAAAUUUGAUCGCCUUCCUCUUAAAUGACGAAAUAAAAUCUAUAUCUCCAAAAGUAUAAAAUAAUUCUGAAUAAACAAAAAAGCACCGCUUUGAACAAAACUGCAAAAAUAUUCCGUGUUUUUCUGUUUGGACUUGAUCAUAAACAAUGAUUUUUACUUUCAUUUCUGCCACCGGAAUUCCACUUUCGGUUUCUGUUCUGAAUCAUGAGAUCGGGGUGGGGUACAUUCCUUUUCAGGUUGCUGGCUCUCUGGGUUCAGUACUUUUUAUACCCUAUUCGUCACCCAUUUCGCCUUCUCCGAAAAGCCGUCGCGGCCAUCUACUCGAAAAUGCACCGCCUGUCGGACGUGGAGGACGAGCUGGAGUGCAAGUUCGACUCAACCUGGGAGGAGGAAUCCGGCGACAGCGGAGACGAACAAGCCGGGGAGAAGGAGACAGCGAGGAGUGACACCGCCAGGAGGCUUUAUCAUUACACGAGAAAUGUAUCUGCGGCGAGGGACAUGCAGAACUACAGGCACGACUACCCAGAACCUUGCAGAAGGACAAAUACAGACAAGAUGAAUUUAAAAUUUUACCUCGGCAAAAUACUCAGCUCUCCUGAUGAUUUUAUGAUUCAGGAUUUUCACACAGAGUGGUGGGGAGACUAUGAAAGACUUGAGUAUGUUCAUUCCUACAUUCAGUGGUUGUUUCCAUUGCAAGAAGCAGGAAUGAAUUAUCUUGCUUAUGAACUAACCAAGGAGGAGAUUAAGGACUUCUGUGACAAUGAAGAUGCAAUGAAGAGACUGAAGAUGUCAUACAAACUCAUGUUGGACUUCUAUGGCAUAGAGCUGGUCAAUGAGACCUCGGGAGAGGUGCAACGUGCAAAAAACUGGAAAGAACGAUUUAAAAAUCUUAACAGAAACACCCACAACAACUUGCGCAUCACCCGUAUUCUAAAAUGCCUGGGGGACUUGGGCUACAAGCAAUACCAGGCACCGCUGGUUCGCUUCUUCCUGCACGAGACUCUCGUCAAGGGAAACCUUGAGAAUGUGAAGCGAAGCGUGAUAGAGUACUUCAUCUUCUCCAUCCGCAAUAAGCAGAAGCGGCAGGAACUGCUUAAAUUUGCAUUCCGGCACUACCGACCCCGAGAAGAGUUUGUGUGGUGUCCGAGAAGGAUACAGAGGCGCCUUAAGCAGAAAGAGGAUCAGAAAAGCUACGCAGAGGGAAAACAUCCACGUAGACAUGUGGAUUGCAAUCCUUAUAUGUCUGAAGGAUCCCCAGCUAAUGUGGACGUCCCAAUGGAAGAAAGCAUGGAAACUUCUGACCCCUCAGAGACAGACGUUGUAGACGAAGAAAGAGAAACAGAGAAAUAUCAUGUUGAAAGUGCAGACAAUGAGACCAAAGCAGCUGCAAAAGAACUAACUCACAAGGAGCUCAGUAUUCCGGAGACAGAGCAGACUGCAGAGAAAACAGAUGAGGCAAUUUCACCAGUUAAGCAAGUGGGGCAGGGACUUAAACUGGUUAACCUAAUAGAAAACUCAAUGGAUGGCAAUCAUAAUAAUCAUGUGACAAAUCACAGUAAAACAGAUGCAGCAAGUCCAGAAACUGUAUGUGAAAAUAUGGAUAGUCCUAAAGUGGUUGUUGAUCAGGUCAUGUGUCAUAUUAAUUUAACUGAAGAUUCGGAGAGUCAAGGUCUUACAGAUGAAGUGUCAAAGACUUACAGUACUUCAGAUGAACAACUGGGCAGUGGCAAUGUCCAUGAGGAAAUGGCAUUGAGUCACAUCAAUCCAGCUACGGAAAAAAGGAGUUUCAAUGCUCCAGCUGAUCAAGAGGCCAGUAAGAGCUCUCUGGGUGAAAAUGGGAUUCCCAGGGCUUUAAGUGAAACAGUAGAGGGUCACAGCUCUCAGAGUGGAGAUGCAAUUCCCAGAGUUUUAAGUGAAAAAGUACAGAUUCAAAGCUCUCCGGCUGAAGAUGCGACUCCCACUGCUUUACCUGAAAACGUAGAGAGUCACUGCUCUUUUAGUAAAGAUAGGAUUCCCUGUGCUUUAAAUGAAGAAGCAGAGAGUCAAAGUGCUGGUUAUAGUAUGGAGCCUAAAACAGAGUGACAGCCAGAUGGGGAGAUGAGAUGAGUCACUACACAUUUAUAAAACAAUUAUUCUAAUCCAGUCACCUAAGGAUGAGAGAAUUAAUGGAAAUAACAAAGAAGGUAAACAAUGUAUGGAUAUUACUAAGAAACUGGCUUAUUGUAAUUCAUUUAAAUCAAAACAAGAGUGCCAUGUAACUGAUAUGGGUUGAUGUAGUCUGGGAGAUAAAUUUUAUGAAUGUUUUUUUUUUCAGUACUGUUGAAGGCAUAGAGAGUUCCACUUAAUUGAAGCAAUAUCAUGACUGGUCUGUAGAUUGCAGUGUCUUGUACAAAUUAUGAAAUAAAAGAGGUACUCUUUUGA